GUUGUGUAUCGGGGGAGGAAGCUAAAUUCUUCUUGAUGCGAAGAAACAACGUAAAGACUGAAUAACGAACAGGAAAUGCCUAACCCGUCUACGAGGCGGGCGGGCGGGCGGUGCAGAGCGCUGAGCUCCACUCACCGCGCAGCACCGCCGGGCGCGUCGGCGGCAGGAGCAGCGCUUCGCUCGCCACCCUCGCCCCAAGUCCGAGCUUCUUGCUGCGGGCUCCCGCCAGCCCAGCCCAGCCCAGGUAUGGCUGCCUCCUACUGGAUGCUGACAGCUUUCUUUCACCUCGUUGGCUCUUCUAAUGUUGAUGUGAAAAAUGCAAUGACCUUCAGUGGCCCUCUGGAAGACAUGUUUGGCUACACAGUCCAACAGUAUGAAAAUGAGGAAGGGAAAUGGGUACUUAUUGGUUCACCAUUAGUUGGCCAACCUGAGAAAAGAACAGGAGAUGUAUACAAAUGCCCUAUAGGAAAAGACAACCAAUCGCCCUGCACAAAACUGAACUUACCAGCUGCUACUUCAGUUCCUAACGUUGUGGAAGUAAAAGAAAACAUGACUCUUGGAACAACCUUAGUGACUAACCCAAAAGGAGGCUUUCUGGCAUGUGGACCACUCUAUGCUUAUAAAUGUGGACGUUUACAUUACACAACUGGAGUUUGCUCUAAUGUCAGCUCAACUUUUGAAACUAUUGAGGCAAUUGCUCCUUCUGUGCAAGAGUGUAAAACCCAGUUGGAUAUUGUCAUAGUCCUUGAUGGGUCCAACAGCAUUUAUCCAUGGGAGAGUGUCACAGCCUUCCUAAACAGCCUUCUCAGAAACAUGGAUAUCGGUCCUCAGCAAACACAGGUUGGAGUUGUUCAAUACGGACAGACUGUAGUCCAUGAGUUUUUCCUAAAUACGUACUCAACAACAGAAGAUGUGAUGGCUGCAGCCAGAAGAAUACGCCAGAGAGGUGGCACGCAAACUAUGACUGCCUUGGGAAUAGAUACGGCAAGGGAAGAGGCUUUUAUUGAAGCUCAUGGCGCACGAAGAGGAGUGCAAAAAGUAAUGGUUAUUGUGACUGAUGGGGAAUCACAUGACAACUACAGAUUAAAAGAAGUGAUUGAUGAUUGUGAAGAUGAAAACAUUCAGAGAUUUGCUAUUGCUAUUCUUGGCAGCUACAGCAGAGGAAAUUUAAGUACUGAGAAAUUUGUGGAGGAAAUAAAAUCAAUUGCCAGUAAGCCUACUGAAAAGCAUUUCUUCAAUGUCUCAGAUGAAUUAGCUCUUGUAACUAUUGUUGAAGCACUUGGAGAGAGAAUAUUUGCCCUGGAAGCAACAACAGACCAGCAGGCAGCGUCAUUUGAAAUGGAAAUGUCUCAGGCUGGUUUCAGUGCUCAUUAUUCUCAGGAUUGGAUCAUGCUUGGAGCGGUUGGAGCAUAUGACUGGAAUGGCACAGUGCUUAUGGUGCAGGACAGUGGUAUUUCAAUGCCCACUAAUGACACUUUUCGUGAUAGGCUAUCAGAAAAAAAUGAACCCCUUGCAGCCUAUCUAGGCUAUACUGUGAAUUCAGCAUUGACACCAGGAGAUGUACUAUAUAUUGCAGGACAACCACGAUACAAUCAUACUGGCCAAGUUAUCAUUUAUAAAAUGAAAGGAAGGGAGGUACAAGUGCUUCAGAGGUUAAAUGGAGAACAAAUUGGAUCAUACUUUGGAGGUGUUAUUACCACAAUUGACAUUGAUAGGGACUCCUUUACAGACCUUCUGCUUGUUGGAGCUCCUAUGUAUAUGGGAACUGAGAAAGAGGAGCAAGGGAAAGUAUAUGUUUAUGGUCUGAACAAGACCAAGUUUGAAUAUCAGAUGAGUCUCGAGCCCAUAAAGCAAACAUGCUGUUCACCAUUGAAACAGGACACCUGCAAAGUUCUCAAGAAUGAGCCUUGUGGUGCACGCUUCGGGACUGCAAUUGCUGCAGUGAAGGAUCUCAACCUUGAUGGAUACAAUGACAUUGUAAUAGGUUCUCCCUUAGAAGAUGAUCAUCGGGGAGCUGUUUAUAUUUAUCAUGGCCGUGGCAACACAAUUAGUAAAAAAUAUUCGCAGCGUAUUGCAUCAGGUGGAGAUGGGGAAAAAGUGAAGUUUUUCGGCCAGUCUGUGCAUGGAGAAAUGGAUUUAAAUGAUGACGGGCUGAUUGAUGUCACUAUUGGAGGCCUUGGAGGGGCUGCCCUCUUCUGGUCUCGUGAUGUGGCAGAAGUAAAUGUUUCUAUGCAAUUUACACCCAAAAGUAUCAAUAUCCAACAACAAAAUUGUCAGAUAAAUAAAAGAAAAACGAUAUGCAUAAAUGUCACGAUUUGUUUUAAGGCCAGACUAAAGUCAAAGGAAGACACAUUUGAAUCCAGUCUGCAGUAUUGGAUUACUCUUGACUCGCAAAGACAAGUAUCUCGAAGCUUGUUGACAGAAAGCCAUGAGAGGAAAAUGCAAAAAAAUGUUACUAUCAAAGGGUCAGAAUGUAUUAAACAUAACUUCUACAUGUUGGAUAAGCCUGACUUUCAGGACUCUGUAAAGGUUUUGCUGGAGUUCAAUUUUUCUGAUCCAGAGAGCGGACCUGUUCUAGAUAGCAACCUGCCAAAUUCAAUAUCUGAAUAUAUUCCUUUCACAAAAGAUUGUGGAGCCAAAAAUAAAUGCAUUUCAGAUCUUGUUCUCAAUGUAAAGGCAAGCAUAGCUGGAGACAGCUCUUCUCCAUUCAUUGUAAAGACACGCAAUGAUAAGUUCACCAUCCAGCUCUCUGUGAAGAACAAAAAAGACAGUGCUUAUAACACGAGAGUUUUGGUUCAAUAUUCUCCAAAUAUUAUUUUUGCGGGCAUUGAGGAUAUACAGAAAGAUAGCUGUGAAUCUAAUCACAACAUCACCUGUAAAGUGGGAUAUCCAUUCCUAAAACCUGCCGAAGAGAUUUCCUUCAAAAUAUCAUUCCAAUUCAACGCAUCAUAUCUCCUGGAAAAUGCUACUGUUCAUGUAUAUGCAACAAGUGACAGUGAAGAACCACCUGAGACCUUGAGUGACAACAGAGGACAAGUUACAAUUCCAGUAAAAUAUGAAGUAGGAUUAAUAUUUGUGAGUGUUUUCAAAGAACACCAUAUCAUAAUUGCAGCAAAUGAUACUGUCCCUAUGGCUAUUAACACAACAGAGCAGAUUGGGGAUGAAGUUACUCUACAUUAUAGGAUUGAAAAAGGCGAACACUUUCCAAUGCCCAACCUCACACUGCAGAUCUUGUUUCCCAAUGUAACGGCAGCCAAGAACACUCUUCUCUACCUUACUGCAUUGUCACAUUCUCAAAACGCCAUCUGCCAAACUAGUUACCCUGUCGACUCCUUAAAGAUCAGCACUGGGAAAUCAUUUGUGUUGGCAAAAAUAAAAGAACCUACAAAGGAUACAAUUAUGGACUGUGAUACAUACAGCUGUGCAUCCAUUAACUGUGCUCUGGUCCCAUCAGACAUAUAUCAAGUGAAUGUUUCUUUAAGAGUGUGGAAACCUACCAUCAUAAAAGCAAGUAUCCACAGCUUAACCCUUGUUGUGAAAGCAUUACUUAGGAGUGAGAACUCAUCGCUGAUUUUGAGAAAUGACCAUCAAAAACUGGAGACCAUGAUUAAGAUUUCCAAAGAGCUCCCACCAGGUACAGUCCCAUUAUGGGUUAUCCUCCUGAGUAUCUUCGCUGGACUCUUGAUUCUUGCAUUGCUUAUAUUUGCUUUGUGGAAGGCCGGCUUUUUCAAGAGACCACUAAAGAAGAAAAUGAAGAAAUGAAGAAAAAAAAAAGCAGAAAUUUGUAGCUCAGGUCUGCUUCAAAAAUGUUACUGUAAAGUUAUAAACUUAGAUGCAGUCGUCACAACAUUUUCUAAACUCUGGUGCAUUAAAAAAUCCAAGCAGAGCAACAAGAAGCAAAUCAAGCACACAAGCUUGAUGCAAAGGAAGAUUAAACAGCCUUGUGAUCCUCAAGGACAUACUUUCAAACAUUACUCAUUUUUUGAGAGUAACUGAGUUCAAAUAUUCUAGCGGUUUUUAAUAUGGAAAAUGGAUAAUCAUAUUUUUGUAUACCUAUGUAUGAGGAAUCCUUUUUCAUUCCAAAUUAUGCAACAAUUUGCAUAAUGUAGCAAUCCCAGUCUUUUUUAUCACUUUAUGAUUUUCAAAAUGGAAAAACAUUACUUUAAGAAUGUCCUCCUUAUGUAUUUUCUGUGAAAGCAGAGCUGUUCAUGAAGCAGAAGAUGCAAACUUUGAGAAUGCACCAGACACUGUAUGGUAGCUGACUUAAUGACAAUUCAGAAGAUAGAAGUACCUGCAGACUCUUGGGUGAAAAUUACUGAAAUACCUUGGAGUUAUCUUUCUGCUCUUUUUAGUGUGUCCUGCUGAACCCAGGAUACUCCAAGAAAGAGAUUAUUAUGGUCAAGUGUGCCAUAUGUUAAAUUACAUAACUGUUUGAGCUUGAAACAGAUCUUCGGCAGGCCUAAAAAUGUAUGCACAAAACAUUCAAGCCCAUCAUACUGCACACUGUAUUCAAGUAAACAGGGACACAAUUAUAUCUGCAAAUUGAAAUGUCCAUAUUUAUGCAAAAAAUGUUUAGCGGUACCCUGAAAGUUUGACUCUUGCUGUAUCUUGGAGUAGCCCGGAGGGUGCUUGGUAAACUGUCACUGUAAAUUUAUUGUGUAGCAAUUUAAUCCAAUGAGUUUAAAGUGUACAAGAUGAUGAUUAACAAAAGAGCACACAUAGGAAAUGUAGCACUGGCAAACUUCUUUUAGUAUUCUAAGUUGCACCUAAUCUUUGUUACGUAUUAGUUUAGGAAGUGAUGAAUUUGCAUACUAAAGAAGCACUUAAUGAAUUAUGUUUAUUUUGUGUCAAAGUUUAAAAGUUUCUAUGAGAAUACACUGAAAUGUAGAUAGCAAAAGAUUUCUUUAAGAAAUUAUUUUCUUUCUGUUUAGACUAUUCAGUUUCCUCCUUUCUUGCAUGCACUUGCCUUCCUUUCACAAGGAUCUCUCUCUUUGGCCGUGCCUUGUCCUUGAGAGCUUCCUAUAUUGCUUACAGCCACACAAAAUUAACACAAGAAAAUAGAGCUAUGCUGGCAAAAUGUGUCAUUGUCUCAGCAGAGACAACUCAGUGUGGAUUGCCAAUAGUUCAUAAAAUGUUGUGGAGAUGUACUAAAUUCUGUAAUGUGUGCUUCUUUGCAGAAAAGCUCCUUGCCAAAGAAGCCAGGAAAGUUUGUUCCUCCUCUUGACACCACUGGGGCGGGGGGGGGGUGGUGGAAAUCAUUGCAGUUUUUUACAAGAUUUUAACUUAGCACUGGCUUUAUAAUGAUAGCUUAAAAGGCAGUAAUAUAUUUUAUAAAGACUUUCCUUAAGAAGAGACUGUAGAUUGGGUUUAACAUGCUGGCAAGUACAACACUGAAAGUGUGCCAGAAGGUGCUUUAUUGUUUGAAAGAUGCUGUCACUCUUAAGUCCAUUUAUGUCCCUUCUUUUAGUUCCUAAAUUAGAGAGAGUAGUUAUUGGGAAACACUGAGUCUUAUGUGAAUGCAGAAAGUAAGACAAUGUUUGAAAGUGUUUGCAAUUUCUCCCUGUGUCUGUGGGAGAGGUGGUUAUUUCAUAACAACAGUCUGCUGAAGGUAGCAGCAUGACUCAGAGGGGAGGGCAAAGCCCUCUGUGAGAACACUGUGGGUGGCUGUGCUGUGUGGAGCCUGGGAGAGCCAUCGAGUCCACCAACUCCCUUGCUGUGCAUGUCUGCACGCUUCACACUGCACCAUGGAGUCUGAAGGGCUGUGGGGGCAGCUGCCCUGGUCCUGAGCACAGAAGGAAGAGUUGAAUGGAAGCAAAGCAAUGAUAUAGAGGAGCUGUGGAUAGAAUCCCUGCUUCACUCCUCAUGACAGUUAAAUAGUCCUUGAAGGAAGGCAAAAAUUCAUUUGUUGAACAGUGAAGAUAAAUUGAGAUUUUCAGAUACAUUUUCAGUCUCCUGUGAGAGACAGGUUUUAUCUUAAAAAAAAAUGUAUGAUUUUGCCAGUUUGUUUGAAAGAUUUUAAUGGCAUUUGUAACCAUAGCAUCUGAAUGCCUUAGAAUUGUAACCUUUUUUCCUUAUAGUAUCUCCGUAAAGGCAUAUCAGUGCUGUUAUCCUAAUAUGGUUUUGUAAAUGAACAGAAUCGUGAAGGAAUCGUGACUCACCUACAUUCACAUAGAAAGUCUGCAGUAGCAGAGGAAAUGCUUGUAUUUAUUAUUAUUCAGCCAGUUCAGGUCAUUUUUCCUGUCUUCAUAAAAUUACUCACAAGUUGUGCAAGCCACACAUCAUUUUUACACAGCAUACUUUUAUUUUGUUUAAGUGUUUCACUUUUUAGAUGUGAUAGGCUGAUUUUGCUUUUCUGAUGACACUUUGUGUUUUAUUUUAAAGUAUCAUCAUAACUGAAAAAAGCAAAUCAACAGAACAGUCUAUUUCCAUAGAUAAAGACUGUGCAAAAAUACCUAAGUAUUUUAUCAAUACAAAGUAUGGUUGAGAUCAGUGUUCCGUUCUUUUUAGACUUGCUUUUGCAUUGUAAAAACAGUAAUAAGCUUCCAUAUAACCACACUGCUUUCCUCUUUCUCGUGAUGCUUUCUGUCUUUUCACAUUUGUCUUAUUAUCAGGUUUACAAUUAUAAUAUCUAUUUAAAUAUGUUAAAGGGGAUAUAGCACAUUAUUCUUGGACAGGCUAAAUGAGUAAAAUCACUAUUUUUGUCUGUAAGAGUCUUUCCACACUGCACUACAAGAGCAGUAUUUUACUGCUUUUCACUAAAUACAACAGCAAAGCCUACUGAAAGCAAUAUUGCCAACAUCAGGAGCAUCUCACUGAAAUUUGUGACUGUUCAGCAGGCACAAAGAAUAUCAGAACAGCAUGUAAUCUUUUUAAAUCCUGUAAAAAGGCAGUUUAGCAUUGGAAAAUUAUUCUAAUAACUAACAAGCUAAACAUUUUCUCAUUCAAGUAAAAGUGUGUUCAAAAUUGAAAAAAAAAAAAAAAAGAUUGAUGUAUAACUGGAGCUUAAGCAACAGAGGGAGUUUGGCCCAGCUCCAUUACUAACUUCAGCUUUGAAGUAGCUAUUGUAGAGGGAAUGAAAAUACAAGUUCAAUUUCUGUAGCAUAGAACUUCCCUGGAAAGGAGCAAGGGCUUUAAACCAUCACUCCUGCUUCAGUUGGAAGCUGUUCUCUAGGUUUUUGAUCCCAUAUGUAAUUUUAGAAGACUUAGGAAACAGCAUCCACAUUAGAGCAGUCUCCCUGGGCUGCUGCUUAUGUUCCUAUGCUUACCUGGUGUCACUCUAGGUCUGGAUAUGAGCCCUGGCUACAGACAACUCACCUCUCCUGACCCCUUACCUGAGCCCUUCAGUAUGUAUCCUGUGCUGAAUCAUUUUGAGUGUAAUGUUCCUCUUCUGCAGAGCUUGAGUCAGGGGAAUCCAUCUGCAACUGGAGCCAAGGAGUUUCCUCUCACUCGGCACCAAGAGGCUGGAGUUAGGGUCACAGUCAUGAAAUUCCCAUAGUCUGAUUGUUUUAAUAUCUUGAACUAACUGUUGUAUAAGAUGAUGACUCCAUUAAAAAAUAAAAGCAGAGCCAGAGAAUCAGAAUGUACCAUUGUUAAUUAUACCACUUAACAAGAAUAAUAGGGAAUUUGUGUCAUUUUAAGGAAAUCACAAUAUUCUGCACAGUAUUUUCUUUUUCCUGUAAAACUAUUCCAUGUGUUUUAUUGAUUUUAAAAAAAUAAAAUAAAGUCUAGCAAGCCUC